AUGGCAAAGACCAAACCAUCUAUUUCGUUCGACGACAUCAUCAAGUCUGAUCGCCAGAAGAAGCAGCAUGAGCAGCUUGCUAGUCAGCUCCUUGGGAAGAACAGGAACAAGAAGGACCGCCGCGCCAGUGCACCAGGGCCGGGAUCAGUGAGCAAGGCGCCGACCGCGAAACCCGGGAGCUUGGCCAGCAGGAUCGGCGUGCCCAAGCGCUCCGCCUCAGCCUCUUUCCGACCGAACCAGACCAAUAAGCCGAAGCCAAUCCCGGCACCCGCCACAGCCCCAUCAGCACGCACACGAACAAAACCCGCAAAUAAGAAGCAGCAUAAUGCUGAACGCCUCCUGAGUGCACUAGAGUCUGGAAAUGCCCAGGCGACUAUUCGAGAGCCCAGCGGCGGCCUCUCCAUUAAGGGUGCCUCCGGUCCGUUUGUGGUGGUGGGGAGCAACUUUGCCCCAGGAACGACAGCCGCAGACAUCCAAUCUGCCCUUGAACCCACUUCAGGACCGAUGCUCAGUUGCCGGGUCAUUGGGCACAGUCCAAGUGUCACCGCCGAGUUUGCCUUCCAAGACAAGUGGACAGCGGAGAACGUGGUCGCAAACUUCCACAAUCAGCGAGCUGAUGGUAGGGUUCUUUCCAUGACACUCAAGCCUAUUGGAGCUGGAACCAAUGGGAAAGCCCAAGCGAAUUCCUACAGCCAACUCCGAGAGCGGGCAGAUCGCCAACGACGAACUCGCCAUGCAGAGCCAAACGUGCAGGAUGGUAGCUACGGAUUCAAUGAACAGGGAGAUGUGCUUCGCAAUACCACACAGAGUCCAGGGUUCUAUAGCGACAAGAUGGUGGUGGAUGCUCCGGCACAGAAGAACCAGCAGGGACGGAGACGCCAGCGGUAA